GAACUCCUUUCUGUAUCCUACAGGUACUAAAUAUUUUUGCCUCAAAACCUCCGAUUCUGCUCUCAAAAGAACCAAAAUUCUACAACCAGAGUGAUUUAACAUACAAAUGCUUGUGUUUGCAGGCUAAUAAAUGGCAGGUGAACCAGUUAAUGUGAAUGAAUUUGAAGAGCUAGCUAGGAAAGUUCUUCCAAAGAUAUACUAUGACUUCUUUUCUGGAGGAGCUGAGGACCAGUAUACACUCAAAGAAAAUAUUGAAGCAUUUCGUAGAAUCACUAUCCGGCCAAGAAUACUUGUUGAUGUGAGCAAAAUAGACAUGUCAACUAUUAUACUCGGUCACAGGACAUCAGCUCCAAUUAUAGUUGCCCCAACUUCGUCGCAUCAAUUGGCACAUCCUGAAGGAGAAGUUGCAACAGCUAGAGGUGCUGCAGCAUGUAAUGUUAUCAUGGGAGUGGCAUUUACGUCAACAUGCACAAUGGAGGAGAUUGCUUCAAGCUGCAAGGCUGUUCGCUUCAUUCAGACUUUCGCUUUCAAGAGAGAGAUAACAGCAAAUAUGGUACAGAGAGCUGAACGCAACGGGUUCAGGGCAAUAAUUCUCACUGUUGAUACUCCCAGACUAGGUAGAAAGGAGGCAGAUAUAAAGAAUAAGAUGAUUGCACCUCCUUUCAAGAAUUUUGAAGGUCUUAUAUCAACUGAAGUUGUUUCUGACAAAGGCUCAAAUGUUGAAGCUUACGCUGCAGAAACUCUUGAUCCUUCGUUUUGCUGGAAGGAUAUAGCAUGGUUAAAAUCAAUUACCAAGUUGCCAAUUCUGAUCAAGGGUGUUCUCACUGGUGAAGAUGCAACCAAAGCAAUUGAAGCAGGAGUUGCAGGAAUAAUCGUCUCUAACCAUGGAGCUCGGCAGCUGGAUUACACUCCAGCUACUAUUUCUGUUCUUGAAGAGGUGGUCCAUGCUAUUCAAGGUAAAGUUCCAGUUCUUCUUGAUGGAGGAAUUAGGCGAGGAACAGACAUAUUCAAGGCAUUAGCAAUAGGCGCAAAAGCUGUUCUGAUUGGUCGACCAGUCAUCUAUGGUCUGGCUGCUAAGGGGGAGACCGGGGUAAAGCAAGUUAUAGAAAUGCUCAAGAAUGAAUUGGAGCAGACCAUGGCUCUUGCUGGCUGCUGCACUGUGGAUGACAUUACCAGAAGCCAUAUUUUUACAGAGACAGAAAGGUUCCUAUGUAGGAUGUAGUUUAAUCCUAUGUUCCUCUAAAUAAACGGCUUAUUAGCCCCAAACUCUACAAUCAUGUCACAUCUUGCUUUCUAAUAAUCCUCUGUGUAGUGGCAUUUCUGCUCCUCUCCAAUAACUAAAUCCUUGUAUAGGAUUGUGCUAAUUUCCUCAUGGUACCUGCAGUGGCAUAGCCACAUACAAUAAAGGUUCAUCUGUUGAACACCUUUCAUCGAAAAA